AUGGCAGACGAACGCGAUUUCGCCGAGCCCUCCGGGUCCGAGCAGGAUCGCGGUCCCUCUGUGGACGGUGUAUCUCCCCCGGGACUCCCUCACCACGCCUCAACCCCUUCCCUCCGUCCCACCCCCCGCGAUACUUCUACGGGCAUGUCAGCCUCAUCCACACACCUGGGUCAGGUCAACGCCGCGCGGCGGGCUCCCAGCACCCCGGCCCGCCCACAGCCCUCGAUGAGUGGGCAACCAGCUGGCGGGCUGAACCAGGACAUCAUGGCCAAAAUGAAAGCGUUCUCUCUCUCUCGACAGGGUGGUGCCAAGUUGCCACAUACCUCCUCGACCGGCACGAUACCCACGUCCCAAGAGGCCGGUGCGGGAGGUGCGAUGACCGGCCGCAUGCCGUCCAAUGCCAGAGAUUGGGCUUCCUCACCCUCAAUCUCAAAGGUGGCCAGCCCCGGGUCAGCGUCUCCGCGACCGGGGGGUUUGGCUGCCAAGCGGAUGAAACCCGGCCUCAAGCUAUCGGAUGUCACCGGAGGGACCCCACCCCCAACAUCGAACGGUGCGGAGGAGAAGCCCGAAGAGCAGAACGGUGGAGAAUCAGCAUUCAGCAAAUACGCAGAGUUUAUCGACACGAAAGCGGGAACCUUGAAUUUCAAGAACAAAGCUGUCCUACACGGCGGUGGCGUCGAGUUCUCGUCGGGUCACAGUUUCAAGAUCUCUCUGGACGAAGUCGACCGCUUAGAUGAGCUGGGUAAGGGAAACUAUGGCACCGUUUACAAGGUGCGGCACAGUCGCCCACACCUACGAAAGCCUGGCAUGGGUUUAAGGGGAAUAGUCAGUCGGCCAUCCAGCGACGACACCAGCCCAGAAUCUGGAACCGGCGAUCUGUCCGGUGUGAUCAUGGCAAUGAAAGAAAUUCGUUUAGAGCUGGAUGAGGCUAAGUUUGCACAAAUUAUCAUGGAGUUGGACAUCUUGCAUCGUUGCGUCUCUCCCUUCAUCAUUGAUUUCUACGGCGCUUUCUUCCAAGAAGGCGCAGUCUACAUGUGUGUCGAAUUCAUGGACGGUGGCUCCAUCGACAAAAUCUACGAAGGUGGUGUGCCCGAGAAUAUUCUGCGCAAAGUGACCCUCUCCACGAUCAUGGGGUUGAAGGCGCUCAAGGAGGAACAUAAUAUCAUUCAUCGCGAUGUCAAGCCGACAAACAUCUUGGUCAACAGCAAGGGCCAAAUCAAGAUCUGCGACUUCGGAGUCAGUGGAAACUUGGUUGCCAGUAUCGCCAAGACCAACAUCGGAUGCCAGAGCUAUAUGGCACCGGAGCGAAUUGCUGGUGGCGGUAUGCAACAGUCGGGAGCACCUAGUGCUGGAACCUAUAGUGUGCAGAGCGAUAUUUGGAGUCUGGGUUUGUCGAUUAUCGAAUGCUCCAUGGGACGCUAUCCCUAUCCGCCGGAGACAUUCAACAAUAUUUUCAGCCAGCUACAUGCAAUUGUUGACGGCGACCCUCCCACUCUUCCGGAAACUGGCUAUUCAGAGGACGCGCACGCAUUUGUUCGGGAUUGUCUAGACAAGAUCCCCAAGAACCGACCGACUUACAACAUGUUACUCCGACACCCGUGGCUCGCACCUCUCAUGCGACCCCCAACCGAAGCCGAAGAUGAGGUCGCAACCCAAACAUCUGAAAACUCGGCGCCUGCAGACCACCCAACAUCGUAUAUGACCGAAGACAAGGAAGUCGCCGAAUGGGUUCACAAGCAACUCAAGCUCCGCGACAGCGGCCAUUUGAAGAUGUCGGAAAAGCCCGCUCUUCACGCCGUGGCCCUGGACAAAGUCAACUCGAGCCCUAAUAACGAUGACCCCAACACUCCGGCACAGGCAGACUGA